GUGCUACGUUUCCUCAGCAUAAACUGCAGUAUUAACAAACGAAAAAAAAAUUAAGUUGAGAUUUGGCGAGACCAACGAGUUUUAUUAAGUCUUACCCCUGCCUCACAUGAAGCACUAUUUUAUGCGAGAGUUGUUACGAUCGCCUAUGGAGCUACAUCCGGACUAUGCUUUCUGUUGCUACGCUACACGAGCAGAAAUGGCUGAAACGAAAGCAGAUUCAAUGUACGAAAGCAAUCGGUUAACUCUCCUAGAAGUCAUUGAAGAACGAAACAGAGCAUUAAACAGGAAAGCUCUCCUCCACAGACUUGUCUACAUAGCUAGACUCAGUGAACGACUGGAUGACAAACGAGAUCUUGGAGCUCAUUAUGAGAAGAAGUUUAAGCAAUGGCAGUCACAUUUCCAGGGUGAAGGAGCCACAGGAAUGCUGCUGGUCUAUCCUAAUCACUACGUGCAUCUUGUUGAGUCUUCAAGUGAGAUGCUGAUGGCCCUCAUCCGGGACCUGGGGAUUGUGGAGGAAGCCGGUGACCAGACCCUCAUCUCUCAGAGCAAGAUCCUUGUCAUCUCCAGCAAUGUGCCCACCAGGCUAUUCAGCCAGUGGAGCUUCCGAGUGCUGAACCUUCCAGCCUCCCGUCUAGAAGAGUACGAGACCAGCGAGCCCAUUCAGAGUCUGGCUCCAGAAUGUCUGGCACUGAUGCUGAAGCUUGGUGCAUACUUGGCAAAACAACCCAAGGUAACACUUAAAAAUGUGAUGGAUUCACUGCAUGAAAAAGUUCCAGAUCUACUUAUACCCCAAGAUCUGAUUGGGUUUCUACUGCAGAGCACUGAUCUCUGCUCCCCAAAGGAGUUCCUGAAUCGAUAUGACAAGCCACUGGAUAUAGUUCUGGACAGUGAAUUGGUUUGGCCCCUACCCACACGGAAUUUCCCUCUGAUUUGAUAGAGAGCAUCAAUCAUAUUCAGCAUCUGAGGGAUUUGUGUACCAUUUAUUUAUAUCUCUUUUGUGUAUUAUUGACAACGCUCUAUCACAUUUUAAAUACAAUGUUGGGUCUGUUUUACAAUAGUAAGAAAGAGGUCAUAGAAACUUAAAUAUAGAGAUGUGAGGCCCCCCGCAAAAAAGUCUAUCGUCUUUGGUCAAGCAUGCACGUCGAUCUUUGUUACUCUGUGAGACCUGUAACAGCACCUUCUAUUGCCACACUGCCUCAAGAUUUUUGCAGGCAGCUCCACUUUUACUAAGGGAAAUCGAUGUUGAACUAUGAUAGCAAACUAUGGAUACGAAGUUGUUUGUUGUCAGCUUAUAAUCAUAACAAAGCUGGUCCAGUCCCAUGACUCAACAGCGUGUGUCUGCAACUGUCUGUACAGUCCAACCCUGAAGGGGAAAAACAAAGAAAAAGUCUCGUAGCCGCAUCAAUUCCAGAACAUCAGUCUGAUCAGAGACUAACUUUUUUUUGUACAAUUUGGAAAAGCUGACAAUCAGUUAAAUUUAAUGAGCCAAUCUUGCACAUCAUUGUAGGGCUUUUAUGUUCACAAAACAUGUAUCGUCAGCUGAUGUAAAAAUGGAAUAAGCACUGUCUGGCCUUCCACAUGAACCACACCCAUUGACCAACUCCCACAGACCGGAUGACAUGGUAAGAUUCAUUCCAACCACAAAUGGUCUUCAUCUUCUUGUAUUUUGCAAAUGUGGAAGCACAAAAAUCAUUUUGGAACUUGAAGCAAAUGCAACAAAAAUAAAUGUCAACUACCACCAUCUUAGGUAACAUUUGACUUGCUGAAAAAUUUAGCAGUGUUUUUCCUACCAGAUUUAUUUUAUAGCAAAUAAAUCUUGGACAAAUCGGCUGUUUUAUGUAAACAUCUGUUUAAAAUGCAGGCUGGCUUACUGCUUGAUUUGGGUUUGAGGGGGCAUGCAGGUUAUUUACAUUGAACUGCAGUUGAUAUUUGGCCACGCGACAAGGCACGUGCAUCUUGACAUUAAACUUGCAAAUCAGCUACUUAUUGGCAUUUUGUGGCAUUAUUUUUAAAUUAUACAAGGUACAUGUGUAAUGUUUCGAAUGCAUAGAAUCAUAGAAUAAUUUAUAUUGUUGUUAUAAUUAUAUAAUAAUUAACAAACUGCCAUGGCCAAGUGACUAUUUCCAGGGGUGGGGGGGGGUAAGCCGGAAUUAUAGAACAUGGUCUGGAACCAUCUUAUCACUGAAUCAGUUUCCUUUGCCGAAACUGAUACCAAAAGUACUCCAUGUGUAUGCCCAUUGCAUGGGAGGGGCUUGGAGAUGCAUUACAGGGGAUAGUAGUAUGGUAUGUUUUUGUUCGUCGCAGGCCUUUUAACAAAGGGAAAAUACCACAUGUGACGUCGUUCAAGCAAAUAGACGUCCCUGUAUAAUUCAGCCCCCUGCCAUUUUGGGGGGGCACGCGAUUUUACACGCGCAGAGAGGAAUUCAUUUAAAUUGGAAAUGACCGAUUCUGAACCUCCGGAAAAUGAAAAAUCCCCUGGUGACACUCAAUUGAUGAAAACAUUAUCCUGGUCUUAAAUGAAGACAGAGUGGGUGUUUUUGUACUUGAAAGGGACCAGGAAAUAUUGUGCUAUUUUGAAACUCACCAAAUCACAGACGCUAAAUCACAGGCUUAUCUUGAAAAAAAAUAGUGUGAAAUUUCAGCACUCACAACAGACUCUGUCAGUUUUUCCCACGCUAAACAGAAAGAAAACGACCACUCGUUCCUUAUUUAUUUGGGUUGAUGAAUUAGAUCCGCGAUGUUAAAAUCCAAAUUGUGUUAACAAUUAUUAGCUAUAUAGCCGUUUCUAGUUUUUAAAAUAUAGCUAUAUAGUAUUUAAAAUAUAGCUUUUUUGAAACUCACCAAUUCGCAGACACUAAAUCAAAGGGCUCCUGAGAAAUUAUAUCCUUGAUGGUAAAAUCA